CUCUUCAAGCGGUCACAGGUCACGGGAGGUCAGAUGUCAUGUUUUUGGAUGGGCUACAAUUUCUGGCCGGUUGAUUCAGCCGCUGUUUUUAGUCACCUUUUCUCAACCGCCUCAAUCAACGCUGCGUUAAAACCAAUUAGAUAGCGUUUUGUAAAUCCAGGCGCCGCCAAAUCUGACUACAAAGCGAUGCAAGGUGGUUUUCUUUGCGGAAAAUUCGCCGCAAUUGUCGGAAGGUGCUAACCACACCCCUGCCGUGCACACUUGUUCCAGACAGCCCGUCUGGCUGUACCGUUAGAACCGCUACCGGGUGAGAUCAGAACCGGGGUCUGGACGGUUGCCGAGGUUUUCACCUGGAGGGAAGCUGAGGUAACGAUAUGAAUCGGUGCGAACAUGUCUGACGAAGAAAUACCGGAGCAAGAGAGGAAGAUUGUGACUGAGUUCUGCUAUCUGCUGGACAAGUCCAAACAACUCUUCAAUGGACUCAGAGAUUUACCCCAGUAUGGGCAGCGUCAGUGGCAGGCGUACUUUGGCAGAACCUUUGAUGUCUACACCAAACUGUGGAAGUUCCAACAACAGAACAGACAAGUACUGGACACCAGAUAUGGGCUGAAGAGAUGGCAGAUUGGGGAGAUCGCCUCCAAGAUUGGCCAGUUGUACUACCAUUACUACCUCCGGACCAGUGAGACCAACUAUCUCCAUGAGUCCUUCUCCUUCUACUCUGCCAUCCGCAUGCGAGCGUACUACUCCAAGGCCAACAAGGAAGACAAGCCUGACCUGAUGGUGAAGAAGCUGAGAUAUUAUGCCAGGUUCAUCGUGGUCUGUCUGCUACUCAACAAGACUCACCUGGUCAGGGACCUGGUUAGGGAGUUGUCCAAGCAGAUCCAGGACUAUGGGAGUACCUACGACCCUGGUGACCAGCUAGAGUGGUCACUGGUGCUGGGGGAGGUCCAGGCUUUUCUGGACGCCGAGCCACUGGUCAUUCUGGACACGGAGUCGUCCCCCGUCACGAUAUCCCAGCGCCUGCAGAAGGACACCGUACCGCCGCUGGAACCAGGCACUGAAGUCAGACUGUCUCUACAGGAGGUCAUCAUAGUGGGCAACAGGAAGGACCAGGUGAAGUUUAGUGAGCUGACAGUGGACAUGUUCAGGAUGCUGCAGACAUUGGAGCGGGAGCCAGAGGGCCUCGAUGCAACAGAGCAGACCACUAAUGGUGCCCAACCGGAGAAGGAAGGGGAAACAGGAGAGAAUGAUGAAAACAUCCCAGGAAAGAGAGAGAACCCACACAAGUACCUCCUGUACAAACCCACCUUCAGCCAACUCUACACCUUCCUGGCUUCAGGAUUCAAGGAGCUGCCACCAGAUGGAGUUAUGCUGGUGUACCUUUCUUCAACUGGGUCUACAGGCUGUUCUAAACCAGAGGAUGAAGGUGCGUAUGACUAUGGAGGGGUGCUGACCAAUAGCAGGAAGGAGGGGGAGGAGCUUAUGAAGAAGUCAAAGCUGCUGAAGGACAUGCACUGUCUCCAUCCAGGUGACCUGUACCCCUUCACAAGGAAGCCUCUAUUCCUGGUGGUGGACAGUGAAAACAGUGAGGUGUUCAAGAACAUGCCGAACCUGUUUGGCCAGCCCCGGUUGUGUCUGCUGUCUCCUGUUGCAGUUCCCACUGAUGUUGUAGAUGAAAUAGCCAAGGGGAGCCUGUUUACCUUGUUCCUGCACUGCCCCCUGACCGGCCUCCUCACCAUCUGUAAGCUGUCGGACAUUCCCAUUGCAUCCUGGGAGCGUGCCCAGAGGCAGGUGGGAAGGAUCCUGGAGGAGAUUGCCAGACUGCUGAUGGGCUGCAAGAGCGUGGAUGGAAUGUACCACCAGUUCUAUGGAGAUGAGUUCCUGCGGCUGUUGUUGCUGCGGUUCGUGUUCUGUUACUGCGUCUUCAGACUGCACAGGGCAUUCAAGGGCCCAGCAUACUACCCCCAGUGUCACCCCGAGCUGCCGAAGAACGAAGUUCUGGAGGCGCUGACCGUGCAGAAACAGCUGCUGGAUCUGGCUUCCACCCUGGACAUCAGAGCCAUGUUCUACGAGAUAGAUGAGUCUCUAGAGUAACAGUCUUAUAUGUGGUAACCAAUAUGUUUGACCUACUGUGUAGUGUA